CACAGGGCGACUGGAUAGAAAUGACGAGGCGCAAUUUGACGGGUGACAGUCGUACAAAGAUGUCUUGAUCUGAUAAUCCUUUUCUCCUCGUCCUCUGCGACCUCGAAUUCGACUUUGAACAUCGCCGUCUUGUUGGAUAACAUAAACCCUACUACAGGCGAAGACUCAAGAGAAAUCCUAUCUGAGGUGGGAGAAUCUACCGAAUACGAACGAAGAAUUUCAGAAUACGGAGCAUUGCAGAAGCAUGGACGAUCAGGUCCAACGAUUAGUCGACAAGGCAUGGAAGCUCCACGAAGAGCUCCCAGCGAGUAAGCGACUAUUGAUCGCGAUCAGCGGCAUUCCGGGAUCAGGAAAAACCACCCUCGCCAAAACCCUCGUCACCCGCCUCAACGACCACCACAAAGAAGCCUCGCCGGCGCUGGGCCAACAUCUCUCCCUCGCCGCCUUCAUCCCGCUCGACGGCUUCCACUACACGCGCGCCCACCUCUCCUCGAUGCCGAACCCGACCCUCGCCCACGCUCGCCGAGGCGCGGCAUUCACAUUCGAUGCGCCGGGGUUUCUCGCGCUGGUGCAGAAACUGCGCGAGCCGAUCCUGCCGGAGACCAGCACGGUCCAUGCGCCGAGUUUCGACCAUGCGGGCAAGGAUCCGGUGGAAGGCAGGAUCGGGGUGCCGAGCACGGUGCGCAUCGUGGUGUUCGAGGGGAAUUAUCUGUCUCUGGGAAAGACAUCGUCUUCUUCGUCGAAAGAAUCUGAGAAAGAAGGAGAAGAGACAGGCGAAGAUGAUCCGGCGAGGAAAAUCGCUCCGGAGUGGAAAGCCGCGGCGGAACUCAUGGAUGAAUUAUGGUUCGUCGAAGUCGAAGAGAGCAUCGCCCGGAAGAGGUUGAUCCGACGGCACGUAGCGAGUGGGAUUUGUAAGGACGAAGAAGAGGCUGCUAGGAGGGCGGAUGAGAAUGAUCUCGUGAACGGGAGGCAGAUUCUGGAGGGAAGGUUGGAUGUGCAGGAAAUUAUUGUUAGUAAAGAGGACGAGGAGUGGAAACCGGCGGAGACGGAGACGACGUGAGAGGUUGAUCAUUUGAAUUUCUUCUGGAAGAGAUCUUGUUUUCAAGUAGUAAUGGCAAGGAGUGAGAUGAUGGCCGACUGAUGCAAGAUUUUGAGGGCUUGGUCUCUUGGUCGACACUCCCUCUCACUUCGUUCCACCGCCGACGCUCCCUGCUGCUGUGCUGGCCCCGCUA